AUGCUCUUCUCUGCAGGUCUCAUCGGUCUGCUUUUGCCGCUAGCAGCUGCGACCAUCGAUGGCCAGGUGCACCAGCUCCAUGCUCGUCAGGCCAUUCCCUCGUCGCCUUCGGGGAGCAACAGUACCUCCAACGUGACGAUCACCCCUACUCAAACUGUUUUGACUGGUGAUGGCGCCAACGUUACUGUGCAAGGUGUGACGAUCGAUAGCCUCAACGUCACUCGUUACCUGGGGAUCCCGUUCGCGCAGCCUCCGGUUGACGAUCUGAGGUUUGCUCCUCCUCAAGCUGUCAGCUACAAUGCAUCUACCACGAUCAACGCUACAGUCAACGGGCCUGCUUGUCCCCAACCUCCCUCGACUCGUUAUGGAAACACCUCGGAGGACUGCCUUCACUUGAACGUCUACACUCCUUCCGCCCGGGCUUUGACUGCCCUGAACCAGACGGCCACCAUCUUGGCUGGCAACAACACCAAUCUCACUAGUGCCUACGAGGAUGGAUUGCCUGUGAUGGUAUGGAUCUAUGGAGGUGGAUUCACUUCCGGAUCUACCUUGCCUUACGAUGGAUCGGCCAUCAUCGCCCAGUCGAUCGCCAGCUACUCUCCCGUCAUCCUGGUCACGCUGAACUACCGUGUGGGCAUCUGGGGUUGGCCGGGCGGGGCUGAAGCCGCUGCCGCUGGAGCCAGUAUGCUAGGUCUGCAAGACCAGCUACUCGCUCUCAAGUGGGUCAGACAAAACAUCCAGAGUUUUGGCGGUGAUCCUGAGAAGGUCACUGUCUUUGGUGAAUCGGCGGGAGCGAUCUCCAUCGGCCUUCACCUCAUCAAUCCCGAAUUAGUCGCUGCCAGCAACUCGUCGUCUGCCAGCAACGCCACUCUCCCGGCCGGCAACUCUACCACUUCGGCCGUCAACGCCACUGGACCCCAGCCGGUCUCUGUUGAUACCCCCUUGUUCCACGCUGCGAUCCUUCAAUCCGGUUCUCCGUCCAGUUACCCCCUUAGCAAUUCGAGCGUCAGUCGUCAAGCGUUCUACGAUGGCGUCGUUCAACUUGCUGGCUGCGGCAAUUCGACCGAGGGGUCUUUUGAAUGCCUCAGACAAGUAAACCAGAGCGUCCUUCUCAACGCCUCCAACACGGUCUUGGCUCAGAACCCCUACGCAGUCGCUUAUGGACCCUCGAUCGAUGGCCGCCUUGUCACUGGAAGCCCUACCGAGUUGAUCGCCGAAGGCGCAUACGUGCACAUUCCGACCAUUGCAGGCGACGUUUUGGACGAGGGUACCAUCUUUGUGCCACCCACGAUCUCUAACGAAACCGCUUUCCAAGGAUUUGUCGAGGCGGCUUUCGAAAGUUCUGCCUCGAUCGGCGUCAAUCAGACCGUCUUGGACUCGAUUACCGAGUACUAUACCAACGGCACCGGCUCACCCUUCCGAGCGCCUGCCAAUGAGACGUUCGGCCGUAGCCCAUACUACAAGUACAUUGCUGCGGCAUUUGGCGAUGUAAUCUUCCAAGCGCCUAGGCGUUACUUGCAAACUCAGAUCACCGAGCAGAACGGCACCACUUGGAGCUACCUCUUCACCCAGAAUCUGAACGCGAGCUCCCCUACCGGAGUCGCCCACGGAAGCGAUGUGCCGUAUACGUUUGGCGCUCCCUCCGCAUCGCCCGCAACCUAUGGGGCGCCUGCUGUUCAGUUCUCCAGGCAGAUGGUCGCAUACUGGAUCAACUUUGCGACCGCGCUCAACCCGAACGGCAACGCAGCUUCGCCCGUCAGCCAGAUCGUCAAGCGCAGCCUCAACCUGACCGACUGGCCCGCAUACGGGGUCAAUGGGACUGUCGACAUGCUGCAGCUGGAAGCCGCCAACCUCACGGUCAUCCAGGACGACUAUCGCGAGGAAGCGAUCUCGUACAUCCUUUCGAUCCCCGAGGCUCUCGGUCAGUAA